AGAUGCUCCGUGGGCACAACUGAGAGUUCAGCAGAGUAUGAAGCCUUCACACAUAAUGGUAAGGUGAAAUUUAGAAACGAGAUACCUUUAAAAAUUGCAGCCGUGUGGGGGAGAGAAGAGGAUGGUACACUUGCCGUGAUUUACUAUUUAUGGUUUCACAACCCUUUCAGGCAUUCAACAUUUUGAAGGACAUAAUUCUGAAGAUUCCUGAGUGGCAAAGAAAUACUGUAUUCUAAGCUACCAGGGGCAAGCCAGCUAUGUAUGAUAAAGAGGUUUUCAAGUUUAUGGUGACCGAGCAACACAUCUAUGAGUGAAGUGGGGUGGUGCCCUACAGAAAAGGGCCUGGAAAGUACGCCCUCCCCUUCCUGCCUGAAAUGUUACUACCCAUCUGAGUUCCUACUAUGGGAGAAGUUUGCAGCUAUCAGCACCCAGGAUUGGAUGAAAAUUCAUGGGGGAAUCAACAGGAUGCUGCAUUAGCUUCCACAUGGAUUACUGUCUUCCUGGAAUGAUCUCUUUCUGGUUGCCGUCCAUGAGCUGGGUCAUGCCCUGGGCCUGGAACACUCCAAUGACCCCAGUGCUAUUAUGGCUCCUUUCUACCAGUACAUGGAAACACACAACUUUAAACUCCCACAGGAUGAUCUCCAAGGAAUUCAGAAAAUCUACGGUCCACCUGCUGAGCCACUGGAGCCCACCAGACCUUUACCAACUCUUCCUGUGCGCAGGAUUCAUUCCCCUUCGGAAAGGAAACAUGAAAGACAGCCAAGACCCCCCAGGCCACCUUUAGGUGAUAGGCCAUCAACUCCAGGCAUGAAACCCAACAUCUGUGAUGGCAACUUUAACACUGUGGCUCUGUUCAGAGGAGAAAUGUUUGUUUUCAAGGAUCGUUGGUUUUGGCGUCUGCGCAACAACCGAGUGCAGGAGGGGUAUCCCAUGCAGAUUGAACAGUUCUGGAAAGGCCUUCCUGCAAAGAUUGAUGCUGCCUAUGAGAGAUCUGAUGGGAAAUUCGUUUUCUUUAAAGGCGAUAAAUAUUGGGUUUUCAAGGAAGUGACAGCAGAGCCAGGGUACCCACACGGCCUGGUGGAGCUGGGAAGCUGUCUCCCCCGGGAAGGCAUCGACACAGCUUUGCGAUGGGAGCCAGUAGGCAAAACCUAUUUCUUCAAAGGCGACAAGUACUGGCGCUAUAACGAGGACAAGAGAGCGACUGACCCAGGAUACCCAAAGCCCAUCACUGUGUGGAGGGGAAUCCCACAGGCCCCACAAGGAGCGUUCAUCAGCAAAGAAGGCUUUUAUACCUACUUCUAUAAAGGGAAGGAGUACUGGAAGUUCGAUAACCAGAGGCUGAGUGUGGAGCCAGGCUACCCCAGGUCAAUCCUCAAAGACUGGAUGGGCUGCAACCAAAAGGAAGUUGAACAAAGCAAAGAGAGACGCUUCCCCCAUGAUGAUGUGGAUAUUAUGGUGACAAUCAAUGAUGUGCCUAGCACUGUAAAUGCAAUUGCAGUAGUUAUCCCUUGCAUCUUAUCUCUGUGUAUCCUUGUCUUGGUAUAUACCAUCUUCCAGUUUAAAAACAAAGAAGUGCAGCAAAACGUUACCUAUUACAAACGACCUGUCCAGGAAUGGGUAUGACACGUUCACCUGCACAUUUCAGCUCAGAGCUGCGCAAAUGAGUUCCGAAGUCCAUCAAACAAAACUGUUCAAGUGACUUAUUAUGAGUUGUGGGAGUUCUGGGACUGAAAGAAGCAGGAAAUACAGAGGUGGCCUUGCAGAGUGGAGCCUCUUUCCUUCUUACUGCCUCAGUCAUGUGUCUGUCUUGCUGUGCCAUUCUCCACAGGCCCCCUUGUGCGUGUCAGAGACUGCAAGAGGAAUUUUCUUGAAAUGUUUUUCAGCUGACUUGGGAAACCUUCUUCAGUGCCCUGCCCCAGUGGUCUCUGUUAAACCCAGCAUUCUCCAGUGUAGCUAACCACCUCUAAAUGGACCAGGUUUUUUACAGUUGUCUCAUAAAUGAAUUAAGAUAAUUAAAUCUAUGAAACGGGAGCAAUUCAGUAUCUUAAGGAGAAGACAUGCUGAUGCUGAAUCAUUCCAAAAGAUCUUCUUAGUUUAUUACAAGAACCAGGGAAUUACCUGGAUGCAAUUUUCCAAUACCUGCUGGUCAGAUGUUUUGUACAUUCAUAAUAAUUGAUGCCGUCACUCAGCACAGUGCACAAGGAGGAGGUAAUUCAGUGUAGGCCAGGAGUUCAAGGAACUUUUAACUAGUAACAGCAACUCCUCAGUUGAGUUAGUCCACAAGACAAAGACCAAAACACUCCCUACUGUUAACACAGCCCUAAAUGCUUUUGUUUUAGGAACCUCUCAUGUAAUGAAUAUUUAAAUGUCAUAUUACCACUAUUUGAAAUUCCCAUCAGUCACAAACAAUAAAUUGUUACCAAAACAAUGAACAAUUUA